AUGAAUAUCUUAACGGUGGCCAGAAUUGAUGUGAAUAAUCAAAAAGUGAGCUUUUCGCUAUUGGGCGAACUUUUGUGGAGGCGACAUUACACAAAAAUUAUUGUGUUCUUUCAAAGUGUUGACGAGGAUGAACGGCAGCUGGUUAGCCUAUUUGAAGAUAGUUUUAAAAAUGGUUAUCUAUCUGUUUUGGUGUUGUGGCAUAAUGACACAUACACCUAUACACCAUAUCCCAAGAUACGAGUUAUACAUUUGAAGAAUUAUAUGGAAUUUGGAGAGCUACAACAACGGAAUCCCUAUAAUUUGAAUCAAUUUCCUAUCCAUAUAGCAGUUGUGGAAUAUCCACCACGUUGUUUUAGUUUCCAUAACCGACAAGGCGAACUAAUCAGAUCUGGCUAUUAUUACAAGAUUUUAGAAAAUUUUGUGAAACAUCACAAUGGCACGCUGAAUCCGGUGUUUGUUGAUGCCUGGGCCAUAAGUUUUGAUGAGGCGUCCAUCGUAGAUCUGGUAAAUAAUCGUGGCUUUAGCUUUAUUCCCACCUAUUUAACGGCUAGUAGGCACUAUGAGAGCAGUGAUUGUAUUCACUUUGGUAAAUGUUACCUACUCGUUCCGGCUGCACGGGAAAUUAAUCAGAAUUUAUAUCUGUUGGUAUCCUUCGAUAGGGGUAUGUGGUUUAUGGUGGCUCUUCUGUUAGUUAUUCUGACUGCAUUAAUUGCUCUCAUCAAGCGUUUUCUCUUCAAUAAAUGCGACAUGAUCGAAUCUAUAAUGUACGCCCUACAGGUUAUAAUUUUCAUAUCGGGCCAACUAUUGCGGCAAUCUUUCCAGUAUACCUCACGGAUAUACGAAGAAGAUUUGAAACCCCUGCAGGAUGUUGGGCGCACCAAAUUGGGCAUACACACCUACACGUUGGACUAUAAAACCUUCUUAGCACUGGAGAAUUUACCCGACAUUAUUUAUCAGCGUUUCUUCACUGGCAAUAACACGGAAUUCAAUAUAAAUCGCAAAAAUUUAAACAUCGUCAACAUAUAUAUGGGCAUGGAUGAUACUGUCGAUUUGCUGCUAUAUCAACAGAUAUAUAUGAAAAGGCCAUUGGUGAAGUAUAUGCCAGAACCGCUGUUUACAUUCCCCAUGUUUGUGUCGAUGCCGCAUCGUUUGCCAUUUAUCGAGUAUUUUAAUCGUCAUUUGUGGUAUGUGACCGACAGUGGAUUAUUGAAGAAAUUCAAGGUGGAUAGUAAAUGGGAUGGUAUUAUAUACAUAGUUGUGGUAACAGAGUUAAGUGGAUACGAACCCUUGUCGAAAGUAAAUGCACUGAAUAUACACAAAUAUGCUCACAACUACUAG